AUGAAUAAUAGCCUAUGAAGAACCUUUGUGUCAAAAGGGUUCUUUCUUGUCAUUAUCAUCAUUUUUUUUCUGCAUAAAAGGUCCUUUGCAGUUGAUUAAAGAACCCUACAUAUAUAGAACCCUUUUUUCUAAGCCUAAUAUGAAUGUUUUUAUAUUAAAUUAUAUUAUUAGUCUUAUAAGGAGAAUUUAAUGCUGAUAUUUCAGUAUAGGCAGUAACAGGGUUGACUUACAGAUCAGCCCCUACAUUGAUAUUGUGAUUUAAAAAAUAAAUGAAUGAAAUAUUUAUAAAUCAAAAAUAAAAAGUCCUUUAGAAAAGAAUGAUUUUGACAUUUUUAUGUAGGCUUGAAGCCCACAUCAUUUCGGGAAACCUUAGGCUACUAAGUGGAGCAAACAUUUGCUAGUAAAGGUUAAUCAACAACAAACAAUAAUUACAUAAUUUUACUGUAUCAUAUGAUACAUAUUGAGUAAUUACAGGAAUUUUAUAGCCUAACGAUUAAAAUCUACUCAAUUCGCGAGCAUUUUUUUUUCUUUAGCAUAACCUAGGCUACUCUCACUAAUUUGUGUUUACUGGAAUCUUCGAAAAAGCUGUUAAACGCCUGUAUCUGAAUCAUAUAUCAAUGUAUAUGGCCUAAUGAGCCUGUUAUCCUCGUAGGCAAUUUAGUUUAACUGUCGAUAGGCUAUAUUUUUCUCAGAUAAAAAAAUAAUAGACCUCUUUUUCCAGAAUUUCUGAUUUGAAAUAUGACAAUAAGACUAUAGGCUACAUUUUACAGCAUAUGAUAUUGUAUAUCUAUUCCAGCCUCGGUAACUUAAAAGAAAUGUUAGAAAUAAUAUGAGUUGUGAAUCUGCGGACGAGAGGAGUUCGUGUGACGUCACAUCAGUUCCCUGGAGAUCAGUGGAGGAGUGAGUGAGUGAAUGCGCAGGAUGCUGAGCUGAACAGCUGAUUCAGAGCAUUUAACCUGUACUAUGGACAGCUGUAUUCCGCUAACCUAGCAUCUAUUGCAGUAUAAAAGGGGGAGCAUUUUCACUACUGCGAAGGAAAACGCACCAGCCUCACAAUGGAACGUUUUCUUCAUUCACCUGGCCGGACACGGGAAGAGUACCGGUCCCAAACGCCGCGUCCUUCAUCGAAACUCAUGUCAAGGUCUGCCUUUAGCCUUGGGUCCACAGCACCACUGAGAGGUAAUGAAACCCUUACCGAAUUCGCCGCAAAACCGGCCGAUAGCUUAGAUUUUUCAAACAAAUAUGCAAGUGGAAUCAAUCUGAGGAAAAUUAGUGAGAAAGAAUUACUGCAGGGGCUCAAUGACCGCUUCGCGGGAUUCAUCGAGAAGGUUCAUCACCUGGAAAAUCAAAACAGAGCGCUAGAGAGAGAAAUUGAAGCCAUUCGACUCAGAGCAAAAUCAUCUUCCUCUCUGUCCAAAGAGUAUGAAUCAGAACUUAACGGUCUGAGGCAGCAAGUUCAUGAGAUUGGCCUUCAGAAGCAUCAGAUUGAGAUAAACCGUCAGAAUCUGGAGGACGAGUUUGACACUUUGAGAGAGAAGCAUGAAAGAGAGACUCGUGGUCGAGUUGAUGCCGAAGAAAGCAUUUCAGUACUGAAGAAAUGCAUUAAUGAUGCAUACCUAACCAAGCAAGACAUGGACAGAAAAGCCAAAGCUCUCGAAGAGGAGAUCGGACUCUUGAAGAAAAACCACGAAAGUGAGGUAGCAGAAAUGAUGGCCCAAGUCCAAGAGGGUCUUGUGACAGCAGAAAUAAGGGAUUUUAGUAGAAGUGAUGUCACUGCAGCUCUGAGGGACAUCAGGAUGCAACUUGAAGGUCACACCGACUCUGACAUCCAAUAUGCUGAGGAACGCUUUCGAGCACAGCUCGCCAAACUGACCAAAGCUGCUGAGGUCAACAGAGAAGCUCUCAUGGCCACUAAAGCAGAGAUUAAUGAACACCGGAGACAGCUGCAGUCCAAGAACAGCGAGCUGGACUCUGUGAAAGGUGUGAGGGAAGCUCUGGAGAGGCAGCUGUAUGACCUCGAGCAACGGCACAAUGCUGAAAUCCAUCACUUCCAGGAUACAAUCAGAGAGUUGGAAUACGAGCUGAAAAAUGCUAAAUAUGACAUGAGCAGUCAUGUGAGGGAGUACCAGGACCUUCUCAAUGUCAAAGUGGCACUGGAUACUGAAAUUUAUUCCUACAGGAAACUUUUGGAGGGUGAAGAGUCAAGGUACUCUACAAUCUCAGAUGCACAUAUUUCAGUACCAUACAUUUACAGACAGUCACCCAUCUAUACUCUCCCUUGUGUCAAAAGGCAGGGGGGAGCAACUCGAAAAGCAGAGCCUCAGUACAAAUUUGUUGAAGAGAUUAUUACAGAGACAACCAGAGAAGAUGUGGAGAUAUCAGACUCUGGCUCUGAGAAGAGUGGGGAGGGGAGAGAGGGAGACAAACCAGAUGAGGAGAGCAGUGAGAAAAAUGAAACUCCUCAAGAAGCUGAAGAUAUUGAAGAACCAGCUUUGGAGAAUGGUGAUGAGCACAGUCCUGAGAUAGAGACAGAAAAAGAGGAUGAACCAGUUAAAAUUACUCCAGUUGAUUCUGAGGUACAAAAAGAUGCCGACUCUGAACCAUCUCAAGACUCUACAGAAAAGGCCAUUGAUGAACAAGAUAAAUAUGAGGAAACUGACACAAAACACACAGAGCAGAAAGACCUGUUGAAUGGAAAAGUUGAUGGACCUAAAGAAGAAUGUGUGAAAAAGACAGAUAAACCAGCUAAAGAGACAGAGAAAGAUGUCCCCAAACCAGAUAUGUUAGAAAAUCAACAAAUUCCAGAGAAAUCAGAAACUGGAUCAAAAGACAAACCAUCUCAGGAGCCACAAAGUCCUGAAGCAACAACUGAAGUAAACGCUAAGCCCAGUGGACAAACUGUGGAGGUAACUUCUCCAAGAACUGAAGAUGAUACACACAAAGAUGCUAAAAUCUCACCAGAGAAAGAGAAAGAAACAACUCCAGUUCAAUCUGUAGAGGAAGAUUCUCCCAAACCAGAUAAACCAGCAGCUGCUGAACCUGCUGAGAGUGGAAAACAGACUACUGGAGAGGACACAAAAGAUAUUUCUGAUGCUGUACAGUCCGAGCCUUUGGGAAAAGACCAAGAGGAUAACAACAAACUAACAGAGAAACAUGUGGAGAAGAAGCAAGAGGCUCAAUCAAAGACAGAGGAAAAGGAACAAAAACCUGAGGAGUUUGUUAAAGAUAGCAAAGUUGUUGAACUGGUAGACAAUGUGAAAACAAAAAAAGGUGAAAGUAUCAAGCCUAAAGAAACAGAAAAGACACAAGAAAACCUUUCCAAAGCUGCAGAAGAAAAAUCACAACCUGAAAAGUCAGAGGAACAGGAACUUGCUAAGCCUAAAGAAACCGAAAAGACACAAAAGGACAUUUCCAAAGAAAAAUCACAGCCUGAAAAGUCACAGAUACAGGAGGACAGCAAAAGCGACAGUGUAGACACCGUCAAAACUGAAGAGGUUGAACUUGCUAAGCCUAAAGAAACAGAAAAGACACAAGAAAACCUUUCCAAAGCUGCAGAAGAAAAAUCACAACCUGAAAAGUCAAAGGAACAGGAGGACAACAAAAGCGACAGCGUAGACACCGUCAAAACAGAAGAGGUUGAACUUACUAAGCCUAAAGAAACAGAAAAGACACAAGAGGAUGUUUCGAAAAAAGCUACGGAAGAAAAAUCACAACCUGAAAAGUCAAAGGAACAGGAACUUGCUAAGCCUAAAGAAACAGAAAAGACAGAAAAGGACAUUUCCAAAGAAGUUACGGAAGAAAAAUCACAACCUGAAAAGUCAAAGUUACAGGAGGACAACAAAAGCGACAGUGUAGACACCGUCAAAACUGAAGAGGUUGAACUUGCUAAGCCUAAAGAAACAGAAGUGACACAAGAGGACGUUUCGAAAAAAGUUACGGAAGAAAAAUCACUACCUGAAAAGUCACAGAUACAAGAGGACAGCAAAAGCAGCAGUGUAGACACCGUCAAAACUGAAAAGGUUGAACUUGCUAAGCCUAAAGAAACAGAAGUGACACAAGAGGACGUUUCGAAAAAAGUUACGGAAGAAAAAUCACUACCUGAAAAGUCACAGAUACAAGAGGACAGCAAAAGCGGCAGUGUAGACACCGUCAAAACUGAAAAGGUUGAACUUGCUAAGCCUAAAGAAACAGAAGUGACACAAGAGGACGUUUCGAAAAAAGUUACGGAAGAAAAAUCACUACCUGAAAAGUCACAGAUACAAGAGGACAGCAAAAGCGGCAGUGUAGACACCGUCAAAACUGAAAAGGUUGAACUUGCUAAGCCUAAAGAAACAGAAGUGACACAAGAGGAUGUUUCGAAAAAAGCUACGGAAGAAAAAUCACAACCUGAAAAGUCCCAGAUACAAGAGGACAGCAAAAGCGGCAGUGUAGACACCGUCAAAACUGAAAAGGUUGAACUUGCUAAGCCUAAAGAAACAGAAGUGACACAAGAGGACGUUUCGAAAAAAGUUACGGAAGAAAAAUCACUACCUGAAAAGUCACAGAUACAAGAGGACAGCAAAAGCGGCAGUGUAGACACCGUCAAAACUGAAAAGGUUGAACUUGCUAAGCCUAAAGAAACAGAAGUGACACAAGAGGACGUUUCGAAAAAAGUUACGGAAGAAAAAUCACAACCUGAAAAGUCACAGAUACAGGAGGACAGCAAAAGCGACAGCAGUGUGGAAAGUGUGACAAGCGGAGGGGAAGUUAAAGUCACAGAGAAACAGGUUGAUGAAACACUGAGCAAUCAAUCCCCCAAAGCCAAGGAAACAAAAUCUGAUGCAAAGCCUGAGCAAAAGGAUACUAAAGAAAACAAGACGUUUGAGAAAGCUGAAGAAGAGGAUAGUGUGAUGACCAACGGCAGUGGAACUAGCAAGGAUGUUAAAAGUGAAGAAACUGUCUCAAAACACAAAGAAUCAGACAGUGAACAUGAAGUGAAGCCUACCAAAACAAGAGAUAAAGCUCUGGAGAAGACAGAGCAGGUCAAAGAGAGCAGCACGAAGGACAGCGUGGACACCAAAGGUCCAGAGGAAACAACUAAACCCACUAAUGUAGUGUAGAAUAACAGCUACCCUUAAGAAAAUUUGACAUGAGAACGAGAAAACUGUUUAAAUAAGCUUUGAUGAAUGCAAUAUAAAUUACUCACACCCGCGUGACGUGAGAGAUGAUCUCAGUUUAGCAUGGAAUUUAGAAACCGCUUUCUGACGUUUCCGACGCAGAUGCAUGCGUACUCUGUGAUCUACGUGUACAUGAAUGUGUGAAUCUUGAGGAAUGUAUAAGAUUUUAUUUUGCUACAUCUGAUCAGCCAUAUGUAUGUAAUGUAUUAAAGUAGGGCUAUAUAUUAACUUAAUAAAUAUUCCAGCAUA